AUGCCCGCUGCCGCUGCCGACGCCGUUCACCCGGCACAGCCGGCGCAGGAGGAGAAUGGAACGGGUAGGGCGAUCCAAAUCGCGCGCUCUGUUGCCAUGUUUGUGGCCAUGCAGAUGGCGAUGAAGUAUGGAAUGUCCUACUUUGGCAUGGGUCCCAAGAACGACGCCCCCGCUGUCCCCAACGAGAUCCCUGUUGCGGACGGUGGUGCGGCUGUCACUGAGGGUGCGGCUGCUGCUACUGCCGCGUCGGCGGUUGGCAAGGCCGCAUUCCCCGCUUCGCCUGCCUGGGAGGCCGGCACUCCCAUGAGCAUGUACCUCUACGUUAACACGGCUCCCAGCCCCGCUGGUAUUGAUGUCCAGAACCCCAACGUUAUUUGGGACGGCCUCACCUUUGGUGACUGGAAGGACGUCCGUGAGGAGGACCUCAUCAUCGAUGUGCCUGAGACUGUGCGUGCCGAGAACGGCUCGCUGUUCAUGGACAUUCUGCUUGUCAAGGACGGCGGCAGCCCUAUUGGCCGCGAGCCCGGAGUGGUCGCCAACCACCGCAAGGAGCUCACCCGUUGGAUGCCCGAGCGCCGCGUGCGCGCCGAAAAGUCCCUCCUUGGCAAGGCCACCGAAGAGGAGCACACCGAGGAGGAGGAGGAGCACGAGGAGGACACUGGCGUUGAGAAGCGCAUCGUCUCAUACUGGUCGCGCAACCUCACUAUUGCGGUGGUCAGCGACGGUGGCCAGAUUGACUGGAACGCCAUCAACCCUGCGCUCCGCCCCUACUACCAGGUUGGCCCCAAAUCGGUUGACAACAAGAAUACUUACUUCCCGCCCAUCUUCCCCAACGACUUCUGGCUGCUCAAGGAGAACAUGGUCCCCAUCAACCAGACUACCCCUCAGCUCCCGCUCCACGUGACCUACAAUGCCCUUUCGGGCAUGAAGUUCCAGAUCUUUGCAACGCUCACUGUCUCGUUUGAGCAGGCCUCUCAGCAGCAGGGUUCCGGUGCUGAGCUCGACGCGGUCAAGCGCAUGCUCACCGAGACCAACCCGGUUCUCCUUAUCACGACACUCAUUGUGUCGGUUCUCCACAUGCUCUUCGAGUUCCUGGCGUUCUCGUCCGACGUCUCGCACUGGCGCAAGAAGAAGGAGAACGGCGACCUCGUCGGUGUCUCGCUCAACACCAUUCUCACCAACUGCUUCGUCCAGCUCGUCAUUCUGCUCUACCUCCACGAGUCGUCCGAGGAGACUAGCUGGAUGAUCCUCUUCUCGCAGGGCAUGGGUCUCGUCAUCGAGGCCUGGAAGAUCACCAAGGUCGUCAACGUUCGCGUCCGCGAGAACCCUGGAUCGCUCAUUGGCUACAAGGUCACCUUUGAGGACAAGCACGAACUUACCGAGGACGAACUCAAGACUCAGGAGUACGAUGCUCUUGCCUUCCGCAUCGUCUCAAUGGUCGCCCUCCCGUGUCUGCUCGCCUACGCUGGCUACUCGCUCAUGUACAACACGCACCGCAGCUGGUAUUCGUUCGUCAUUACCACCCUCGCCCAGGCCGUGUACAUGGGUGGCUUUGCCCAGCUUAUCCCUCAGCUUAUUAUCAAUCACAAGCUGAAGAGCGUGGCUCAUAUGCCGAUGAAGGCCAUGGUAUACAAGACUCUCAGCACUGUGGUCGACGACUUCUUCGCGUUUAUCAUCCCCCAGCCCUGGCUCCACAGGCUCGCCUGUUUCCGUGAUGACGCUGUGUUUGUGGUUCUCCUCUACCAGAGGUGGAUUUACCGCAUCGACUACUCGCGUGUCAACGAGUACGGCCAGGUUGCCGACGAGGCCGAGGUCGAGGACGAGAAGGAGGGUGCCAAAAAGGGCGACAAGGUCGAGUCCAAGAAGGACAAGUAG